AUGGAUCGUUCUCAAAAACAAUGCACACGCCGUCCCAAUCCUGUUUUGGAUAUACUGAAUCGACUGUGGGCCACCGGUAGUGGAAACAGCGACACCAACAGCACCGACACAUUCGUCGUCAAUGCAUCCACCGUCUCUGUCUCCGUCUCCGCUGCUGCUGGUGUCAGUGUCGUGAUCAUGUCCUCAGCCAGCAAGCCGCAUGAGGGAGACGAACACGAGCAGCUUCGGCUCCAGGAAAGAGAGCGCCAACUUGUUGCGCAGAAACUUGAGCAGGCCCACAGGCGGGCCGAAAGGUUCCGGGAGGGAAAGACCAAGCUGGGAUCUGCAUACGAUCCCUUUGCGACAGACCCGGAGAGUGACUGGUCCCGCCGCCAUUACGUCCCUGUCAUGGGACCAUACAAUUUCUCGCUCGGGUAUGCCUCGGAUAUUAAUGCCCCAUCUCUCCACCUGUAUAUCCACGAACUCUACAUCCACGACCUGUACAUCCACGACCUCUACAUCCACGACCUCCGCUUCCACCACUCCCUUCGCCUCACUUAUCUUCGGUGUCGCGGUAGUUACGACUCGAUCGAACAUGAUGAAAACCCGAUUCUGAAGCAGAUUGGUCGCUUGCGAAAUCAGUAUCUGCGUAACGGAGGGUCCAGCCCGAAGCUGCUCGCUCAGAUGCGGGCACUGGAGGAAGAAGCCCUGCGUGUCGAUCAUAGUGUCGCCAAGGACACCGACCGCUCGGACAUUCUCCAGGGCCUGGAUGACAGCCAGAAACGAGCACCGAAACUCAAAGAAAUGAAGAACGUGGCCACAGAAAUAAGCAAGUCUCAGCUCGAUCUGCUCGAGCCGAACACUCAGCCAGGCUGGAGUGACGACCGACUUGAGGAUGAAGAAUUGAGGCAAAUGCGUCUGGAUCACAAGAAAAUCAUCCUGCGAAUGGAGAACGAAAGGGAGAUCAUUAAUCAAAAGAUGAAGCUCGAUCAGUUUAAGAGGUACGGCGGCGCUCGAUACACCGGAGGCAUGGGUGCUGGAGCUGGUGCGGCUCCAUACAAGUACGCCAACAUCGAUGCUGGCGAAAGCACUGCUUCGCCCGUUAGUGGCUCGUUGGAGCAGCUGUCCACGAACCUUGGCGGCUCAACCCCGGUUCGGUGCAGCGAUUGUGUCGAUAGCCACACUUUCAGGGCCUUUGAAAUCGGCCCGGUGGGAUUGAAGAUGCUUACUCGCCGAUACACAUGUGUCUCCUCUCCACAGUCCACAAGCGAAGAGGUGAUGGCCCUGGCAAACGCCGAACCAGACUCGUCCAUGUACAUACCCAGCGAGGGAUUCACGAUAUUUUGCCGCUCGGUCAUCAUUGGCUUUGCUAUAUUCUCUGGAAGCACCUGCCGACGGGAGCUGAAGUAUCUAAAGCCGCACGAUUGCCAAACCGACGAAAAUACAAAAUUCAUCUUUUCCUCGCUGAGUAGCUCCUCCAAGCUGCUGGAUAUCCCAGCCGUACGGACAUACAGGGUCUUUGUCGACGUGCGGGUAUCUCAGCUUGAAUACGAAGCAUCGAACGAACAGAAGCUGAUUGGGUGGAGCUGCUUUGACCUGUUCAACACUAGCAUUGAUCUUGACCACGGAUUCUGGAAAAUACCAGUUUUCGCUCCACCCAUCGACUUUGACAGGACGACCCAAGAUACAUACAAGUCGCUGGAAUGGCCCACCACGGUCUCACCAUCGAUCCACCAACACAUCGGUAUCAAUACCGACACCAACGAUACGACAAGAACGAGGCAUGUUCGAUAUCGGCGCUGCAACGACACCAGAGCCAUUGCCCUUGUGCUCUUGCGAGCCUCUUGUAUUGAGACCGUGGCCCGUUUCUGUCUCCAGGAACCCGUGUUCGACGACCCAUCAGACCCUCUUGGUCAGAAAGAAAAGGGCCGGUACGACUCGAUGGCCGAGCUCCGCCCACAGCCUGCGGUUCCGGUCGAGACCGAAAAGCCGCAUCUGGACCUGGAAACGGCUGUGUUUGCAAGCAUCGGCGUCCAGUUUGAUCGAAUCGACUCUCUUCCGGAUGUCUUCUAUCCCCGUGCCCGCGUCACGAUCCUGGACGAAGCCCCGGAGGGUGGUGCCGAUGGAGCCCAGCAGUUCAUCACCGAGCCUGCUGACUGCGGAGCCGACGCCGGGAGCCAUGGAUGGCCCGAGACCAACAGUGCCAAGAUAUUUGAAGACAUUGCCGUUUCGGUCUCCAGGCGGAUCACCAUCGAUAUAUUCCCAGAGCCGCUUGUACUUCAAUCCACCGCGAUCCAUCAGGAGGACAACUCGGAUUGGGUGCCGAUUGCAUUUACCGAAAUGCGGCUCUUCAGCUCCAAAAAUGGCUCGGCCCCAGUCAAUGGAACUCCGAUCAAGUACAAUGAUGCGUGCAUUGAAAUCACACUCUUCGCUGGAGAUACCGUUCCAGAGAAGCAGUUUUACUGCUGCAUCGACUCAGCCCGCUUCUUGCCCGACAAUUUGGGCCCCUGUUGCGUCAUUGCCAACGUCCUCACGGCCAAACAUCGGAAGCUCAGUGGCUGCGAAGCCGAAAUGCGAGCCCUGUUCAACCCAGACACCCUCCGGUAUUUUCCAUCGUUCGAUUUCCACAAGUCCUACCAACCUUCCAGCCUCGACCCCACUGCGGUCAUUGUCUUCAAGAUGUUUGGGAUCGACGUCUUUUCAAAACAAGUCGUGCUCGUCGGGACUGCAUUGUGCAAUCUCUUUGUCGACAUCGAUACUGGGGUUCAGCCUCAGCCCAAAUGCCCUGUCAGCAAGCUCAGCCUGAACGAGGGAGCAUUCAGUAUCAGUCUCCGCCUGGGACCACUUCCAGAGAGCGACAUUCAGCUCACGACACGAUCGAUGGAUAAUGAGCCCAAGCUAUCUAGCAUCCCGGAUUCUCGCGGAUCUGACGGUCUCUCUCGCCCGCUUACCAGGCUUCCAUGUGCGACACUGUUGGUACGCAUAGUGGAAUCGAGCAGCGACGAUGCACCCAUCCUGUCCACCAAGCAAGAGUACAAUACCCUGCGUUCAAAACCGAGCUCCUACGAGCGCCAGAUCUAUCCGUAUCUUGCCACAAUCAAGUCCACAAUGACUCUAAGAGAUAUCCUUUUUCUCCUCAUAUCGAUGGAGAAGGCAAAGCGGCAGAGCGAACAGGGACUCGCUGGGUCCAGGGACGAGAGAGCUGGGUACGGGCGGUGUGUCUUGGCCGACCGCAAGGAUUUAUCCGGCGACCAGGCAGCUGCAGAGACCACCAAGAAGCUGGCAGCCAUUCGUUUCGAUGACAGUCGCAUCCUCGAUGUGAAUCCGGCAUACGUAUGCCCAUAUGAUCCCAAGUGUGGAUUUUGCGUUUCGGUCGAUAGUGCCAACAAGCUGUCAGCCAAGGGUGCUGCCUUUGCACUGCUGUCGAUAUGUCCGCCAGCACAUCUCUACCAUGACGAGAAAGAUCCUGCCGCCGUCGAGGUAUUCGCAGACGACUUGCAUCCCGUAUCGUCGCUCGACAUGGACUCCCAUUAUCGAUCGCCCGUCUGGCGCGACGGCUUCCAUUGGUAUCGAAGACGCAAAUACUCCAAGCGCAUGCUGGUCGUGAUUGAUGUUCGCACCAUGAUCAACAUCAGCGACAACUGGUCCGUUGUGUCUGAGGGCUGGACCGGCAUCCCGAUCUUUGAUAACAAGGGCUACGUCCAAUAUGGCGUGUAUCGCUUGCCGCUGUUUGAGGGCACGCCGCCGUCCACAUUACUCAAGGCGCUCGAGACAGAUAACUUCAACGUAACCAUAACGGCGGCAUUGUUGGGGAAGGCCAUUCGGUAUAGCCGCAAAUCCAGCUCGGUGUUGACUAUGCAAAUGAGCUAUAUGCCAGAAAACCACCGAGCAUUCCUCGAGCCGGUGGCUGGCUCAUCGGUAUCCUCGAUACUGCCCCGCAAGACCACCAGGGAGGAAUAUGCCCAAAUAUUUUUCGACACUGUCAGCCAGAUAUGCCACCCGACGUAAAUGCGCUGUGGUAGCCAACAGACCAAUGGAACAAUUCUGCUUCGAGCAACUUUGUUACUGUUACUCGAGAGGAGGUGCAAAUAGCCCCAAGGCGGUCUCUCGAUGCAGCUAUGGGCUGGAAUCCAGUUCGUCAUCAUCCACAAGAGCUGCCCUGUUGGUGGAUCGUGGAAUGCCGAUCGCCCAUAUCGACGAAUCAACGUCGCUGCACGCACUCCAGUGGGGUGGUCGCUACGAUGAGCGAGUGUAUAUGUAUUCAGGAGCCAGAGAUACAGCGGCUAACCCCAGAGCCAUGAACGAUCAUCAAACAAUACGCAGAUCCCCGUUGUUGUAUGGCAGAAUGGUUGAUUCCCCCCCCCACGGACAGAUGGUAGAUGCGGAGCUUGAGAAGCCAUGAGGCACAUGCCUGGACCAUAGCGCCUUCGGACGGGUGAUGAUGUUUGUAGCGUGGCAUACAUCAGAUUGCAUAUCCGGAAGG